AUGAGUCCGUUCCGCCUAGUCUACAAAAAGGCUUGUCACCUUCCGAUAGAGGUGGAAUACAAGGCUUACUGGGCUGUGAAGGAAUGCAACUCAGGAUUGGGAGGAGCCAGAUUUGAAAGAAAACUACAGCUAGAAGAAUUGGUGUGCAUUUGGCUAGAGGCUUAUGAGAACACAAGGCUCUACAAAGAAAAGGAGAAGGCGGUGCAUGAUCAGAAUAUCAAGAGAAGAGAGUUUAGAGCUGGGGAUCAAGUUCUUCUCUAUUACUCAAGGUUGAGGCUAAUCCCAGGCAAACUGAGGUUAAAGUGGGAUGGACCCUACGUAGUGGAGAAGGUUGAACCAUAUGGAGUUAUCCACCUAAGUCACCCCUCAAGUCCUACCUUCUUCAAAGUCAAUGGCCACCAUUUAAAUAUUUAUCAUGGUGCAAAAGUGAAGAACAACAAGGAGCUGGCGAUCUUCCUCUUGAAGGACCCAACUAAGGAAGAGGACUGA